AUGUCUGCUGCCACCACUUUCGUUCCGCCGCCAAGCUGGCAAAACGGCCGCCCGCCGGUUGUGUUCAAUAUCGAAAGCAACUGGGAACGUAUAUUCGCCUCCUUUACUUUGGAUCAUCAGGUUCAGGAGAAAUAUGCGGAAGCCAUUUUGGAACUCAAAGAAGAAGCAAGGAGCAUGUUAACAAUUGCUAAGGGGAAAACAAUCAGUGAGAGGAUAGUACUAAUCGACACACUCGAGCGUUUGGGGGUUGGAUAUCACUUUGAUCAAGAGAUUGAGGAUCAACUCGAAGAUAUAUUGACCAAGUUUGAGUCGGGAGACGAAUUCGGCUACGAUUUGUUCACUACUUCACUUGGAUUCCGUAUACUGAGGCAGCAUCACCAUUAUGUCUCUUGUAGUGUUUUUGACAAGUUCAUUGGCCAAGACAAAAGAUUCAAAGAAACCUUGACAGAUGACGCUAAGGGACUGCUUAGCUUGUAUGAAGCAGCUCACUUGAGAAUUGACGGGGAACAAAUCUUGGAAGAGGCUGUGACUUUUACAGUCCAUCAUCUGAAGCGUAUGGUACAACAAUUAGAAUCACCACUACAAGACCUUGUGAAGCGAGCUCUGGAGCACGCCCUCCAUUGGGGCCUUCCAAGAAUGGAAACUCGUCAUUAUAUUUCCUCUUAUGAGAAAGACGACUCGAGGAACAAACAACUUCUUAAACUAGCCAAGUUGGAUUUUAAUUACGUGCAGAAUAUAUACAAGAACGAGUUACACGAACUCACAAGGUGGUGGAAUGAACUAAACCCUCACCUCCCGUACGUGAGAUAUAGAGUUGUUGCGUGCUAUCUAUGGGCGCUCACAUUCAAGUUUGAGCCGCGAUAUUCCUAUUUACUCAGGUGGAAUAUUGGUGAAACUGAUCAUCUUCCGGAUUAUAUGAAACCCAUUUACAAGUGUGUUUUGAAGAUGUAUGACGAAUACGAACAUGAAGCUGUCGAACGAGGGAAACCAUUUGCAAUUCCUUAUGCCAAACAAGCUAUGAAAGAUGUAUGUAGUGCCUACAAUAAAGGGCUCAAGUACACUAUGGGAGCACCACUGCCUUCAUUCGAAGACUACAUUCAGAUGACGAUUAUCACAAGUUGCAUCUAUGUGGCUUGCUCUGCUACGUUCCCGGGCUUGAAAUCUGUAUGUGACGAAACCAUAGAUUGGUUUAAGAGUGAGCCCAAAAUCAUUAGACAUGCGACUGAGGUGUGCCGGUACUUGGAUGAUGUGGGCAGCUAUGAUCGCGAGAGGCACGAGGGAGCACUCUUGACAGGUUUGGAUUUCUACAUGAAAUAUCAUGGUGGGACAGUGCAAGAGACUAUAGAUAAGUUUAUCCACCUAGCUGAGGAUGCUUGGAUAAAUUUUAACACCGAAUGGAUUAUGAACAUUAAAAGCAGUGGUGUCCCCAAGGAUGUAGCAGAGGAGAUUCUUGGCUACGCUCGAGUAGCCUACACUUCUUACAAGAAUGGACGGGACGGAUUUGCGAAAUUUCAUGUUAUGGCACCCGAAGUCGAAGGCCUCUUUCUAGAACCCAUUAUCAUCUAA